CUGCAGGCAGUGCUUCACCAGGCAGAUACAUACACAGCUUUGUAAAAGGUUCUGCCUAGAGCAAUCGAUAGCGCAGUCCUGGGGGAUGCCACUUUCAGUCCCAGCUGCAGACAGACGGCAGAGAGCCUCAGCAGCAUUUUCUCUCAGUUUUCUCUCUUUAGCCUUCUCCAUCACCGCAUUCAGUAGUAGUUACUGGUGUGAAGGGACAAGAAAAGUUGCCAAACCUUUCUGUACGGGGCAGAGCAGAGGGGACCACUGCAUCCGCUUUAAUAGCCCUGAUGCCAACAACAGCAAUGCUGUGCAAUAUAUUUGGGAGACAGGAGAUGACAAGUUCGUUGAUCAGAAGUUUCAUGCUGGAAUUUGGUAUUCCUGUGAAGAAAUUAUAAAUGAAGAAGGUGAGAAAUGUAGAAGCUUCAUCAGUCUGACUCCAGCUUCUGAUCGAGGAGUUUUAUGGCUGUCUAUUGUCACAGAGCUUCUGUACAUCAUUUUGCUUCUGGCUGGAGUCAUUCUUAUGUCAAUAGAAAUGUGCUACUACAGCACUGUCAUUGAUGGGCUAAAGAUCAACGCCUUCUCUGCAGUAGUCACCGUAUUAGCAGGUCUUCUGGGCAUGGUUGCUCAUAUGAUGUACACAACUGUAUUUCAAAUGACUGUAAAUCUUGGUCCUGAAGACUGGAGACCUCACACAUGGGAUUAUGGCUGGUCCUAUUGCCUCGCAUGGGCUUCCUUCGCUUGCUGUAUGGCUGCAGCUGUCACCACUAUUAACAAAUACACAAAAACUAUUUUGGAAUUCAAGCACAAAAGAAAAACGUUGGGAAGGAGUUUAAAGAUUAAAUACAAGUUUCCUGAUCGUACAUCUCCAGAGAAAGCUUGCAAUGUGUAUGUGAACUCGUUUCACAACCGUACGGAGGACCCUGCACGUCCAAUAAAAGGCUUGCGUCACCUGGCCACUAUUUCAGUUCUGUAAAUUUGAACUGUACCUCAAGGCAUCCUAUAAAUCAUAAUGUCAGAUCAAAAUGAAACAGUAUUAAUAAAAAUGUAUACUUGUGUAGUGUUAGUUAUCUUUAUUUUUUAAUAAAUAAAUCCUAUUUCCAUGAGUGUUUCAAGGAAGUCCUAGUACUGGAAAAGUGCGUUCAGGUGUCUCAGUUCCAAAAAGACAGUGAUACAGGCCCUCCAAUGUUCUGAUUUGUAAUCACUCUCUAGUGCUAAUAUAAAGUAUGUGAGCUUGUUAGAAUUUCAGAGGAGUUUCCACCCUCAUUCUUUAUUGAAAAGACUGUAAAGCUCCCAUCCCAAUCCGUGCUAUCCUAAGCUGUAUGUCAGAUAAAUCACCUGUUUCUUUCCACUGGUUAAGAAGGGCACUGGGAGGUUAGCUCUGGAUAGGCUGUAUUUAGGACACGUGUCUGAAAUUAGACAAGAGACUCCUCAGUUCUAAGACUUUCCAGUCUUAGCAUUUUUUAAAUUCUUCCUUACUUCAAGGGCCUUUGUGGCCAGCAA